CCCUCUUUUCACCUUCAUUUCGUCCUCACCCAUAUCAAAAAAGCUAGGGCUGAGAAAAAAUGUUGAGUCAGAGGGUUAGAGCAAGAGGAGCGGCGACAGGGGAGGCUAGCGGCACCAGACAGUGGCAGGGGAAUAGGCAUCGGAUUCCAAGAUUAGAUUAUAAGCUUUUAGGGCAGACAAAGACUUUCUUCUUUUACAAUUUUCCAAAAAAUUGUGAGGAGAAAGAUUUAUGGUACAGUUUUCAGAGGUAUGGAAAAGUAUUAGAUGUGAAUGUGCCAAAGAAGCGCGACAAAUGGGGGAGGUUUGGUUUUCUACGUAUGUUAAGGGUGCAGAAUGAAAACCAGAUGGUGAAGAGGCUCAAUGACAUCUGGUUUAGAUCAUACAAGUUACGAGUGAAGAUAGCAGAGGAGCGAAGGAGUAUGGUGGCUAUUGUGAAAUCCUUAACAAUAAUUAAUGAGAUUCAGCAACGAAUUGAUGUUAAUGGUGGCAUGAUCACUCUAUCACCUUUAGGGGGAAGGAGGGUGUUGCUAACUGAAAGGGAAUUGGGGUUUCUAUUGGAAUUUAUGAAUCUCAAUAAAGAAUUAUUUGCUUUGUGGUUUGAAGAUAUCCAAUCCUGGGACAAGGAAGUACAGGAAGAAAGUAGAAUAGUAUGGCUAUGUAUCUCUGGUAUUCCUUUAAAGGCAUGGUGCGAUAGAUAUUUUAAGAUGAUCGGAGAAUUAGUGGGAGAUGUGGUGGAAGAAAAGUUGUAUGAGAUACAGGUGGUUGAGGAAGAAUGGUGCUCCGACCCAGAUUGGUGGCUGUCGGACGAUGAUCGGCAGAGAGCUUUCACGGAUGAUGGUUAUCUAAGAAUAACAGGAGAGUGGGGAAUACAUAAGGUGAAGUGUAAUUUAGUGAAUGUGUAUGGUCCAAAUGACAGACAAAAACGAGUAAAGUUAUGGGAUGAGUUAAGGAACAUGAUUACAAAAGAGAGAGUACGAUGGUUGAUUGUUGGAGAAUUUAGUGUUGUCAGAUGUCUUGAAGAAAGAAGGGGAAGAAUAAGGGAGAGCCCAGAUAUGAAGGAUUUUGAUGUGUUCAUUCUAUCUGCAAGUUUAAUAGAUAUUAAAAUGGUGCAGCAAGGCUUGAAACGAAACAUUUCUAAUCACUGUGCAAUUGUGUUGAAAACAAGAAUAGCUGACUGGGGACCAAAGCCAUUUCGAGUUUUGGAUGCAUGGCUACUUCAUCUGGAUUUUAAGAAGGUAAUCAAGGAGAAGUGGAGUGCAAUGGAGGUCGAUGGAUUUGCAGGAUUGGGUUUCGAAACCAAAUGGAAAGGUUGGAUCAUGGAAUGCUUAUCGACCACUAGAAUUUCAGUCCUAAUCAAUGGUAACCCGACAAAGGAGUUUAAGGUUGGAAAAGGAUUACGACAAGGUGAUCCUUUAUACCCCUUUUUAUUCUUGAUGGUUGGAGAGGGAUUAAAUGGAUUGGUUCAAAAAGAAAUGAUGGAGGAUCUGUUUCGAGGUUUAGAGGUUAGCAGGAGGGGGUAUAAUGUGCCAACGAGAUGGGUAAAAGGAUCAGCCAGCAUGUUGUGUUGUGGUGUUGGGAAAUCUCCUUUUAUUUAUUUGGGAAUGCCCGUUGAUGGAAAUCCUGGGAAAAAGAAGCUAUGGGAGCCGCUGAUAAAUAAAUUUCGAGCUAAACUUGUUGUUUGGAAGGCUACUUCGCUAUCCUUUAGUGGCUGCCUCACUCUGCUUAACUCGGUUUGGGGAUGGUGUAGAGAGCUUAUGGAAAUGGAUAGUAAAGGAGAAAUGUUAUGGGGGCAAGUGGGAGGAGGUGGACAUUACAGCAAUUGGGAAUUUGAGGGCAUCUAAGAUUUGGAGGGAUAUUAUUAGUAUAAGAGGCGAUCUAUGAGACUUCGAAAUAUGUUGGUGGAAGGGUUUAGGUGAGACAUAGGGGACGGGAAUCGGGUAGGUUUUAGGAGCGAACGGUUUUAUGCCCAAGGUUGUAUGAGACUUCGAAAUAUGUUGGUGGAAGGGUUUAGGUGGGAUGUAGGGGAAGGGAAUCGGGUGGGUUUUAGGAGUGAACAGUUUUAUGCCCAAGGUUGUAUGAGUUGUUUACGAACAAGGUGUGUAAUAUUAGUGAUAUGGGAGUAUGGGAAGGGGAUAAAUGGUGUUGGAAAGUGGAAUGGAGGAAAGGAAGAAUAGGAUAAGAGAAGGAUGAGGAUAAGGUGUUGUGGGAAGUGUUGGAUAGUUUUCAAUUAAAGGAAGGUGUGGAAGAUUGC